AUGGUAGUGGUAGUGGUAGUGGUAGUGGUGAAAGAGAUAAAGGUGAAGGUGGUGGUGGUAGGGAUGGUUGAGGAGGAGUUGGUGGAGGUUGAGAAGGAGGCGGUGGCGGUGAUGUUGGAGGUGGUGGUGGUGUGUGGUGGUGGUGUUCACCUGUUUGAUGUUUGUUCCUGUGAUGACUCUGGAAUAGAUAACUUGCGCCCCAAGUUAUUGAUUUCUAAACAAGCGAAUGUGAAUUUGGGUGAGGAAUAUCUCCCAAGUGGAACUGCCUUUUACAAAACUCAAGAGGGAAAAACCAACUCUAGAAAGACAAAAAGAAGGCAGAAUUGCGGCCUCUUCAGUCUGAAAGGGGCAGAAGUGGCUGGACUUGAGGAUUACUGA